AUGCUUCGAACAUAUCUUGAAGAAAAAGCGAAUGGGAUGGGGACAAGUACAUACUAUGAUGCAUCAAGAUUUUUUAAUGAAAUGAAAGAUAAAACCUUUACAGGACCAUAUGACCAUAUAAUCAAAUUUUCCGGUGCAACGUAUUUCGAGUCCAAGAAAAUAAGUAAUACAGAAGUUGCAGUGCUUGUCAUGGUGCAAAAGAGUACACUGGCUCUGGUUAUGUUGAUCUUUUACUGGCUGAUACUAGGUGUGGUAAAAAGCCAAAGCACUUCAACUUUGAGUUUAAAUACAAAAGUGUCAACUUCUUGGACUUAG